AUGAGGAAAAUGGAGUCCAGUAGACUGCACACAGAAAGAUUCCUUAUGGUGAGGAAGUGUUCUGAUGUCAUUAAGGAGGCCUUGAUGCUUCACACCAAAGAAAUCAAUGAUCUCACCCAUCAAGCUGAACAUUGGAAACAGAAAUGUGAUGUUCAGCAAAACCAAAAACAAAGAUUGCAAGAUGAAUGGAAAACUCUUGAAUCCAAAAACAUAAGCCUCCAGAGCACAGUAGAGAGUUUGAAAGAGCAAAUUCAAGAUCUCAAAGAAAGCCACAGAGAGAAUCCAAGCUUGAGUUGUAAGAUGUGUGAUCACCUCCAGCGAAUGAACAACAGUCUUACAGAGGCUUACAGUAAUAAUCUAAAGGAAAAGGACAGACGAAUCACUGAUCUCGAAAAUCAGCUGUUUGAAUAUACAAGAAAUGCUACUUCAGAGAAGCAAUGGGACUCAGUAAAGUAA